CAGGUCCAGCUGGAACGGCACCACGCCCGUCCAGGCCAUGACGUCGGAGAUGGACAGCCUCCAGGUGUUCUCCGAUGAGAGGCAGACGGUCUCCAGCUCCAGCAGCAUGAACAAUGUGCCAAAAUGGUUCGACUCGAUGGUCAAGUGUGAGAGGACCUCCCGAUCGUCGUCCCAGGAGCGGGCGUCCAUGCGCACGGCGGAGCCGGCGCCGCGGGUGCUAGACCUGGACCUGGCAGGACCUGGCCGUCUGCGUACCAGCUCCGGCUGCGGCCGACACCGGUCCGACGACCUUGACCUCGACCUGACCCCCGGCAGCCGCCGCUCUUCGCGAGGAGACGAGGGCUUAGAGGCGGACCGGCCGCGGCGGGAGGGCUCCGCCAGGUUCGGACGGCGGGCGCUCGGAACGCCGAAGACCCCGGACAGCUCCCGCAACACGGGCACCGCCUCGUCAGACUCGUCCAGCGGCCGACUCAACUCGCCGAAGGUGAUACCGGAGGACUGGCUGGACACGUUGCCGUCGCAGCCUCCCAUCUCGCCCAUGGCCUCCAGCCCCGGGCUGACGGGCGGCGCCGGCCGGCUGACCUCGCUGGAGGAGUCUUGGGGCCACCUGCAGGCCUUCAAUCGUCAGCAGCGAGGCCGCAUCAGCAGCGUCCAGCUGGACACGGCGGACGUCAUGCACAUGUACAUGCCGACCAAGGACAGAUUUUCGGGCGCAAAACUGGCAACGCUACCGCAAGUGGACGAGCACUCAGAGGCCAACGCUGAAGAGGAGGACUUCUUCAUCCCCGAGCUGCCGAAGGGGAAGAACCUGACCAUCAACAUCAAGAGCACGUGGGGCGACCGCCACUACGUGGGGCUUAACGGGAUCGAGAUGUUCUCCGCCUCUGGGGAGCCUAUCAAGGCGGAGAAGAUCAGCGCCGACCCGGCCGACAUCAACGUGCUGGACGAGUACAGCGGCGACCCGCGGGUGGUCGCCAAUCUGACGGACGGCGUGUACCGCACCAGGGACGACAUGCACCUCUGGCUGGCGCCCUUCAGCCCCGGGGGAGACCACCUGGUCCACAUCGGCUUCCCCCAGCAAUGCCAGCUGGCUAUGCUGCGCGUGUGGAACUACAACAAGUCCCGGUGCCACUCGUUCCGCGGCGCGCGACACGUGGAGAUGGCGCUGGACGGGAAGCCGAUCUUCUGCGGCGAAAUCGCCCGCGCCAGCGGCGGCAUUCUCGGCGGCACGGAGGCGUUUGGAGACACGAUCCUGUUCACGACCGACGACGAGAUUCUGGACAACAUCUCGCAGUAUGACGAGUCGUUCAGCGGCUACUGCGCCGAUCCGACGGCCACCAUCCACGCCGAGCUGCCAGUGGAACGGCCGCAGACGGCGGACGUAGACGAGACGGGCGGACGGCCGUUCACCUGCGGCCACGCGCUGGGCGGCGAGGCGUCGGGCCGCGUUCCCCAGCUCUCGUCCGGCGAGAUCGUCAGCUUCGACUCGUCCGGCGCCGUACCCCGCGGCCAGAUCGUCCAGCUGACCUUCACCUCGUCUUGGGGGGACCGGCAGCAGCUCGGUCUGACGGCACUGGAAAUAGUGCGGGAAAACCAGCAGGUGGUGCCUCUGAAGACCUCCUACCUGACUGCAUCGACAGCCACAGCGACACUGCCGAGACUGCUGGACGAGCAGCGCGUCAGCUGUGAUCCGGAGCACAUGUGGCUGGUGCCUUGGAAGGAGGGUCAGUCGGUGACGCUGAUCCUCCGCCUGCCGGCCACCACCGCCAUCGCUGCGCUGCGGGUGUGGAACUACAACGCCUCGCAGGACGACGCCUACAAGGGGGCGCGCAACUGCAUCGUCUCGGUGGACAACAAGCGGGUUUCGCCGGCCGAGGGGUUCGUGCUGCGCCGGGCGCCCGGCACCACCCACUACGACUUCUGCCAGGAGGUCAGCCUGCGAAGGGGCGGUCCGGUCGCCGCCGCCCGCCGCCAUGAAAAGUCCGGCAACGGACGCACGCACGUGCGCAUCAGCGACAGCGUGUACCAGGACGAGUACGAGGCGCCGAUGAUGCCGCAGGGGUUCGUGUUCCAGUUCCACCUGCUGUCCACCUGGGGAGACCUCUACUACACCGGCCUCAACGGCAUCGAACUCUACGACGCCUCCGGACACAAGAUCUCGCUCACUGGCAGGAACGUGGCGGCCUACCCAGACAGCGUGAACGUGCUGGACAACGUCUCUGGGGACGUGCGCACGCCUGAUAAGCUGGUGGACGGCGUCAACAACACCAUGGACGGCCGCCACAUGUGGCUGGCGCCCAUUCUGCCCGACAUGAUCAAUCGAGUCUAUGUGAUAUUCGACGAGAUCCAGACGGUUUCGAUGAUUAAGAUUUGGAACUACGCCAAGACUCCCACCAGAGGUGUCAAGGAGUUUGGGCUGCUGGUGGAUGACCUUCUGGUGUACAACGGCGUGCUGGGGCAGAUCGCGAGCACGGGCCGCCUCGUGGGUCAGGCCGUGCCCUACCACACCGUGCUCUUCACUUCGGACCGCGAGCUGGUCCAGAAAGAGCGUAACACUGUCAUCAGGCCGAUGAGUUCCGGGGAGAGUGAGGUGCGGCUUCUGAACAACAACCCGAACUCGCCAUCGGCCAUGACGCCGUCGGCCGGGGCCGGCUCUAAUGUCGACCAGAUGCGGCGGCCCUUCACCCAGCAGACGCCGGCCGCCGCGCUUGGACUGCGGCGGAAAACGCUGCAAACAUAACUUGCGGGGGUCGCCGAUAGGUGGAGGACCUGUCCUUGUGUUAUUCGGGUUCGAGGACGUGUUUCCGCUGCAUCUGUGAGCUGCGGACGAGCAGCAAGGGUGGCGCGUGUGUAGAAGUGUGGAGAAUUCGUCACUGCUCUUUGCUCGGACAAAUCCGGAGUUUGGUCGAUGUUCGGAGUGCUCGGCCAGACCGCUACCGGAUUACACGGGCAAAUAUAGAAGUGUGCGAAAACGGCCGAGUGUGUGAUGUGGGCUUGCCUAAGUAAGCAAAUCUUUCCACGGUGAUCCCAUUUACCCGCAAUGUAACAAUGGGAAAAUCACGUCGUAGGGGCUCCCUCUAAGACCGGCCGCCUUUGAAUGCACUUAUAAAUGCUGUGGGCGACUCGCAAUGCUUCAGCCAACGGGUGACAGCUCGUGAACAGAAAACAAAUGGUAAACACGUUUGGAUACGGGCAAAAUCCGUAUGUUGCAUUGCGCUCUGGCUUCAUAUUCCUUCGUUAGCUACUACAUGGAAUCAUUUAGUUAGAUCCUAAAGCGCGAUGCACAACUGGCAAGAGAAACACAGACAAUCAUUACUUCUAGGGUGAAAGUCCUAAAAAAAUAGUUGCCAUUUCCAUUGGGGCAUUCGGGACGGCUAAAAUUCCGGCCUGCUUUUGUCAAAUCAAUGGAGUAGGCACUGCCGUAGUAUGCUCAUCCCAAAAGGUCAUCACAAGCAUGGGCAGGCAUAGCGGAAUGAGGCAACAAUUUCCAGACUAGAAUGAACACCUAACGACGGGGCCGAGCGCCGUCUGACAAUCAUGUGAAGCAUGGCGGCGCUGUCCAUGCAGCACCAUGUGAGCUCUGGUGACCUGGCGUGGUUGUGGUGCCGCCCGGCGGCUGCCGGCAUCCAACCUGUGAACAUCACGGGACCCCGUGAAUCUCCCUCUCCUUGUGCCGAACCAUUGGAUGCUCCCCGUCUCGCGUGGUUCCCUCGCACGACCGUUCCCGUGUUGGGACGGCUUGGGCCUACAUCCGUGUGCCACUGUAUGUUGACCGUUGCGUUGGGUUGUGCUGUCUGCCCUUCACACGGGACCUCCCAGAUGUCGUGUCGCAGUUCUGGCAUGUCCCCUUGAGUGCAAAAGCACGGUAUUCCUCGGGCGGCCAUGUUCGAAGAGACUGACUGUGAUACCGUGCUUGCGGAAGUGGUGUUCGCACCACCACGAGUUGGUUCGCCGUCGAUCAUUGCGUGCGUCGGGGUUCAAACGCGACGGUCCGGACGCGUGUACACGGAUGGCGUUGCAGCACCUGUGUUCAUACCGUGGCGUAUUCCAUGCGUUAUUUGUAUAGCAGAUUCCAAAGUGCGGCACUGAUUGCUAAUAAUUGGUGCAAUUACAGGUAGCGUUGGUUUGCUUGACGUCUGCAAAAAGCGUAUCUUUCAAUUUUGUCCACCAAUUUCAUUUUAGUUGAUCAGCUGGAAAAGUUGCGGCAUGGUGUUAACAAACUGUUAACGAACGGGAUGAAGAGUAUAACAAACUGUCGCACGGCGUAUGGUGCUCGCAUACGGUGUCCAAUCAAUGGAAUGUCCAUGCUUCUGCUGGUAACAGAGGAAAGCGUGGCAUCCGGGCCUCUGACCCGCAGGCAAGUUCGAACCGGCGGUUCAUGAGUCGCAUGGAACCAGUUUGACCUGACAGUUUGAAAAUGUUCCGGAUUGUUGGUGGGCGCACACAGGGGCGGAGUGCGAACAGCUGUGCCCACAAUAGUGGCGCCACGUGUGUAAGGUUAUGUGCGGCUAAUGUCCUUGCCAAUACAUGAAUU